GAACUACUGAAAUGGCAUCUUAUCGAAAUGCCGACAUGGAGCCCAAACAGCAACAACAGAAAGGAGGGCAUAGAGCUGCAUCAUUUGCGUUCGUUAUGGCGGCCCUAGAAACGUUGACAUUCAGUUCGAAUGCUGUGAGCUUGUUCAAUUACUUUCAUGGGUACAUGAACUUCAGCUUGACCAAGUCGGCUAACGCCCUCACAAAUUACAUGGGCACGGCUUUUUUGCUUUCCCUAUUUGGAGGAGUCAUUUCAGAUACUUACAUCUCAAGGUUCAAGACCUGCCUCAUCUUCGGAACCAUACAAGCAAUGGGAUACGCUUUGUUAGCCGUACAAGCCCACCUAAAACAGCUCAGACCCUUUCCUUGCAAAGAUGUCCAAGCCAGCCAAUGUGUAGCGGCCAGCACGAAUCAGGAGGCCAUGCUAUUCACGAGCCUCUAUCUCGUGGCCCUUGGGAGUGGGGGGGUCAAGGCUGCCCUGCCUUCCCUUGGGGCAGACCAAUUUGACUCAAGGGACCCCAAGGAAGCUCCUUGCCUCUCGAGCUACUUCAAUUGGUACUACUUUUUUGUCAACAUAGGGGCCAUUCUCGGGUUGACUUUUAUUGUCUGGAUUAAUACGAACACGGGUUGGGAUUGGGCAUUUGCCGUGUGCGCUAUGGCUAUAAUGAUGGGUGUGUUGGCCCUGAGCAUGGGGCGUUGUUGGUACCGGCAUAAUGUGCCUCGGGGGAGUCCAAUUACUAGAAUUCUGCAGGUGUUUGUUGUGGCGUUUAAGAACAGGAAUAUGCCGGUGCCAGAGAACGAUGAGGAGUUGCAUGAAGUUGGUGAUAAAGAAGCUGAGCACACUGAGAUUCUGCAAAGGACAGAUCAAUUC